AUGGCUUCCGCGGUAUUUAAUGCGUCCUGCACCUUACAGAGGUUGCAAAGAAUUUUUCAAAGAGCUUAUUCGGAUGCCAAAUUUCCUCAAAUCACCACUCAUUAUACAGUGAAACUCAGAGAGACAGACUCGAGAUGGAAAGAUGUGAAUAUGGAGAGAUACAUAGACGAAACCGACAUUUUAAUUGUUGGUGGUGGUCCAGCGGGACUAUCGGCAGCUAUACAGGCUCGUCGACUGGCUGAGAAACAUGGCAAGGAACUCAGGGUUACUCUUGUUGAAAAGGCGUCUGCAAUUGGUGGACAUAUCCUUAGUGGCGCUUGUUUAGAUCCAAUUGCUUUGAAUGAACUUUUUCCAAAUUGGAAGGAAUUAGGUGCUCCAUUAAAUACUCCUGUUACUGAGGAUAAAUUUGCAUUUCUCACGGAAAAGAAGAGGAUAUCUAUACCUAUUUUUAAGGGAAUGCCACUGUAUAAUCAUGGGAAUUAUAUAGUAAGAUUAGGCCAUGUAGUAACAUGGCUUGGUGAACAAGCAGAAGCUGCUGGUGUCGAGAUAUACCCUGGUUAUGCAGCAGCAGAAGUUUUAUAUCAUGAGGAUGGAUCUGUUAAAGGAGUAGCCACAAAUGAUGUUGGUAUUGCUAAAGAUGGUUCACCUAAAGAUACAUUUGAACGGGGUAUGGAGCUUCAUGCAAAAUGUACCAUAUUUGCAGAAGGCUGUCAUGGUCACCUAACAAAACAGUUAUCAAAAAAAUUGAAUCUCAGAAGAGAUUGUGAACCGCAGACAUAUGGUCUUGGAUUGAAAGAGAUUUGGGAGAUAGAGCCAAGUAAGCAUCGACCUGGAGCAGUAGAGCAUACUGUUGGCUGGCCACUUAAUAGAAAUACAUACGGUGGAUCAUUUCUAUAUCAUCUGAAUGAAGAAACACCUUUGAUUGCAGUAGGCUUUGUUGUAGGAUUGGAUUAUACUAAUCCCUAUCUAUCUCCAUUCAAAGAGUUUCAGAAGUUUAAACAGCAUCCUAGUAUUAGACCAACAUUUGAAGGAGGAAAAAGAAUAGCUUAUGGCGCUAGAGCAUUAGUGGAAGGUGGAUUCCAAUCUAUUCCCAAACUUCAAUUCCCUGGGGGUUGUCUCAUUGGCUGUACGGCAGGUUUCCUAAACGUGCCUAAAAUUAAAGGAACACAUAAUGCUAUGAAAAGUGGCAUGUUGGCUGCAGAAAGCGUUAUUGAAGCAAUCGUAGACGCAGAAAGUAAUACCUCACUAACGAAAGGCAUAGAGCCGAAAACGUAUACAGAUAACAUAAAAAAUAGUUGGAUUUAUAAGGAAUUGAAAGCCGUAAGAAAUAUAAGGCCCAGUUUCCAUUCUUCUCUUGGGCUUUACGGUGGUUUAAUGUACUCUGGUUUCUCUAUGCUAUUAGGUGGAAGGGAACCGUGGACUUUAUCUCAUGGAGGUCCUGAUUAUAAGAAAUUGAAAUCAGCUGCCAAGUCGAUACCGAUAGACUAUCCUAAACCAGAUAACGAGGUAUCUUUUGAUCUUCUGUCAUCGGUAGCUCUAACUGGUACCAAUCAUGAAGCUGAUCAACCAGCUCAUUUAACUUUGAUGGACGAUACUGUUCCAGUAAAGAGAAACUUGACUGAAUUUGCUGGUGCAGAAGGUCGCUUUUGCCCUGCUGGUGUCUACGAAUUUGUGCCGCUGGAAAGCGGAGAUGGCGAAAGAUUGCAGAUCAACGCACAAAAUUGCAUUCAUUGUAAAACUUGCGACAUCAAGGACCCGAGUCAGAACAUCAAUUGGGUAGUGCCGGAGGGUGGUGGCGGUCCAGCUUACAACGGCAUGUAA